GAUGCCAAACGGCCAACUCUAAAGCACGAGGAAGAAGACGAGGCCCCUGAUUGACUGUUUCCAAGGAGACCAGUGAUACUACCGAGAACGGUCUUCUUGUCGGUACAGCAGGCACACACAGUCAGCAUGUCAUUUUUAUUCGACUGGAUCUACAGGGGGGUUAGUAGCAUUUUACAGUUCUUAGGUCUUUACAAAAAGAGUGGGAAGCUAGUUUUCCUGGGCCUGGAUAAUGCCGGUAAAACAACACUCCUACACAUGCUGAAAGAUGACAGGCUUGGACAGCACGUUCCAACGCUGCAUCCAACUUCUGAGGAGUUAACAAUCGGCGGCAUGACAUUUACUACGUUUGAUCUUGGAGGACACGUACAAGCUCGAAGAGUUUGGAAGAACUACCUGCCGGCUGUGAAUGGAGUCGUCUUCCUUGUAGACUGUGCAGAUCAUGACAGACUCACGGAAUCCAAGACUGAACUUGAUGCAAUCCUUGCAGAUGAGACAAUAGUCAAUGUACCAGUGUUGGUGUUGGGUAAUAAAAUUGACCGUCCUGAGGCCAUCAGCGAAGGAGGACUCAGAGGAGCUUUUGCACUUGACGGCCAAGUUACUGGGAAGGGAAAUGUCUCGCUGAAGGAGCUGAACGCUCGACCUCUGGAGAUUUUCAUGUGCAGCGUGUUGAAAAAGCAAGGCUACGGGGAAGGUUUCAGAUGGUUAUCACAGUACAUUGACUGACAUACAGAGCUGAGCAUAACCAGAAGGGAUGUGAGAGUUUGUUCCUUAGUCAGUGUCAGCCUGCCCGAAUUUCAAGUAUUAUCACUAAGAAGAGUAUCGCUUUUAAUUCUUAACUUCAUCUGGACUGUCCUAAAUGUGUUAUUAAUUUGAGAGACAACUGAGUUGCAUGAAAUAUUAAUUAGGUUGUGUGACACCGGAUUACGAGCCAUACAUUAUGCAAUAAUGUAGAUAUGUGCGCUUCAGUGUUGCAUUACUUAUGUGUUUAACUUGGAAUUUAUUAGUGAUGAAACAGAGGAACUCAAGGGGAUCGUGGUGAAUGGCUUGUCUGAAAUCGCAUUCAGAUGGUCCUGUUUAGAUUUGCAUAUUUUUUUUUUUUUAAGAAAAAUAACAAACUGCAGAAGAUGAACUUUAGUUCGCUUUGCCUGUUAAUACACAGCCUCAGCCUUUAAAGCAUAAAGCCAAAGAUGUAUACUAAUGAUGACUUCAACAAGACAUCUUGUCAUGCUGAGUGCUGAGCCAAAAUAACAUAAAAAUCCUUAUUUUAGACAUCAAAAAAAAAAAAAAAA